AUUUUAGAACCACAAGCUAUUUUGCAUUUUCAUACAUUUUCUUCCUUUCUCUCUUACUUUCCGUCACUUUCUCGCGAAAAAACUUAUAACUUUUCUCAAUACAACAUGACAGACUGGUCCGGACUCCCGAAAGACCUCCUAUACCUAAUCGCUAAACGCCUAGAUACCUCCUUAGAUCGCUUCCGCUUCCGCUCCGUCUGCUCCACGUGGCGGUCCUCCGUUGCACCGAAACGCCGCCGUUUCCCCGGCCGUUUUCCGAUGCUCCCGGACGACAACACUAAUAUUUCCUCCACCUCCUUCGGAUUCCACCUCUCGAAACGUACCGUUUUUCUUGUCAAAUCACCGCAAAUGGCGACCAGUUGGCUGAUCAAAAUCGAAGAAGACACGCUUAAUAGAAAACGAUUGAUAUAUCCUUUGAAGCGACACCGUUUUGACUUCAGAAAGGUAGUGGAUAUUCAAAAUCUUAAUAUCUGUGAAAUCGGACAUGAAUAUGUUCUAAAUUACAUAAAUAGCCCCCCAAAUUCGAAUUUUAUGAACGAAUUAUGUAAUUUAUACAUGGAGAAGGUUGUUUUGAUGCAUUUAGGUAGUCGUGAAAGCGAUUCUGAUGGUUUCGUGUUGCUUACUGUUCAUGUUUCUGGUAAAUUAGCUAUGUUUAAAAGUGGGCAUAAGAAAUGGACAAUAUUACAAUACAUGCCCUCGCCAUUCGAUGAUGUGAUAGUGUAUAAAGGGAGAUUUUACGCUGUUGAUAAUACGGGGAGUACUGUUGUUGUUGAUUGUUCGCGUUGUAGUGUGAAUUUAGUUGGAAAUCCUGUGUUUGGUGGUGAUAAGAAGUAUUUGGUUGAGUGUAAGGGUGAUCUGUUGUUGGUCGAUAUGCAUCUAAGCAUUGACGCUGCCACAUUUGAUCCAAAUUUGGAUUGGGAGCAACAACUUGCGUAUUUUGUGAGGGAGAGGACGGUGAUGUUUAAGUUUUAUAAGUUGGAUGAGGAGAGGAAGGAGUGGGCUGAGGUGAACAAUUUGAAGGAUGAUGUGUUGUUUUUGGGUGAAGAUAGUGUUUUUUCAGUGUCUGUCAAUAAGCUUGGUGUGAAUAGAGGGAAUUGCAUACUUUUUGUUGAUAAUGUCUAUGGUUUGAGUGAGGAUGGGGCAGAUGAUGAUGUUCAUCUUGGUGUCGGUGUAUUUGAUUUAGAGAGUGGUUGUAUUAAGCCGUUAGGAAAUUACCCGGAACUUUCCAAGCUGUUUUGGCCAGUUCCUGAUUGGAUUGCUUCAAGGACGUUGGAAGUGCAAAAUCAGGCCGAAGAAGUGGCUUCUUUACAAGCUCAUUUCCAGGAUGUAGUUCACUUGUGAAAUUUGAUCAUUUUAAAUUUACAAUGUUCAGAAGACAAACUUUUCAUCAGUACAGAAGUUGUAUCUUCAUCUGGAUUGCUCAGUUGUCUGAAUAUAUAAACAGCAGCUGGUAAACCAGAUGUAAGUUUCCAACAAUAUGGAGAAUCCCCAUAGCAAAUGAGCCGCGCUGUCCUUCUCAGUUAAUAAGCUCUUUCCUUCUUGCUGUGAAUGCCAGGUUUCAUUUUCUUUUUCUCUUCUUGCCGAUGAAAUAAAAAGUUUGGCCGAAAGACGGAUAUUCCUUAUCUGUAAAUAUAUUUGAACCCAGCAGCAUAUUAAGUGCAUCAGUGGUCUUUUUUUCUCUCAAUUUGAACAAGGAGCCCGGGACUAUUGCUUACUGAUACCAAUGUAAUUUUCAUCUGCUUUGUUGGGUGUUGCUUUUCCUUUCCCAACGUUCUUUUUCUUUUUCUUUAUUUCAUUUCUUGUUUUCCGGAACUCAAUACUUCUAUUUGUACUGAACUAAAGCCCAGAAAAUAAAUGAUGUUGUUGUAUCAUGUACUGAAGACCAUUUUACAAA